AUGGGUUCAACAACUCCGAUCACAAAUGGAAUGGGAGAAGGACAUAUAUCGAAACCUUGGAUUAAAACUCCAUUGGUUAGAUCGGCUGCUUUAUCAAGACAUGCUGGAUGUAAUGUUUGGCUUAAGCUUGAGAAUUUACGUAUAACCAUCUGGCUCGUUCAAAUCCCGCGGCAUAGGGAAUCUUCUCAUCCGUUCUCUUCCCCCGAUCCCCACACCCCCGUUCACUUCUACUGUUCCUCGGGCGGCAACGCCGGACUCGCCUGCGCCCACGCAGCAUUCUCUCUCAACCGCCCCUGUACCAUCGUCGUUCCCAUGACCACAUCCUCACACAUGAUCUCCAAAAUAAAACUACUCAAAGCCGAAGUGAUCCAGACCGGAAACCACUGGAGCGAAGCCGAUAGACAUCUACGCGAAGAACUAUUAGCUAACGAUGCUAAUGGUGUAUACGUACCACCAUUUGAUCACCCCGAUAUCUGGGAUGGACACAGUAGUGUGAUCACCGAGAUUGAAGAGGAGGUUCGUGGACUAGGCAUCCACAGUUUGGAUGCGGUGAUCUGCAGCAUUGGCGGAGGAGGAUUAUUUAACGGAAUCAUGAAAGGAUUAGAGGAUAGUGGAAGAUUGGCAUCGCACAGUGGAACGAAGGUUAUAGGUGUAGAGACGACGGGAACGGCAAGUUUCCAUGCGGCAAUGAAGAGGGAAGAGUUAGUCAGGUUAGACGGUAUCGAUAGCAUUGCUACGUCGUUGGGUGCGACACAGGUAGCGGCGAAGUCUUUGGAGUGGGGAUUGAAGUAUAGAAAGAAUGUGAGGAGUGUAGUUUUGGGGGAUGCGGAGAGCGUGAGUGGUAUGGUGUGGAUGGCGGAUGAGGAAAGAAUUUUAGUUGAGAGUGCGUGCGGUGUCAGUGUAGCAGUGGCUAUCAAUGGCAUGCUGAAAAAGAUAUUAGAGGAAGAUGGGGAACCCAUGGAGGGAAAGAAUGUGGUGAUUGUGGUUUGUGGAGGAAGUAAUAUUUCACUGAAGGCUUUGGGGGAAUAUAGAGAGAGAUUUGGUGUAUGA